AUGAACCUUUUCACUGGUGUCACACUAUUUGAUGAUGACUCCAGUACUGAGGACCAUGACCAAUCUAGUAGUAGUACUACAACCAAUGAAUCAGUAAACACAACACCAUCCGAGAGGAUGAAGACAUGGUUCUAUGAUCAUUAUCAUACGUUGUUUACCUACCACCAACAACGAAGGGCAAGAUUGUCCGAGCUAAAGACUGAAUUGGCUGGCGAGUCUAGGUCACCCCCCUCAUCUCCUCUCUCUCGUGACGACAAGAAGAACAUGGAACAUGAACACCAUGUCAAAGAGACCUCUUAUCUACGAAUGCUUCGCAAGACCACUCAGAAGGACUUUGAACCAUUGUUCAUCUACUCAUCAUACAAGAAGGAUGGCGCCAACAAUAACAACAAUAAUAUUGCCAAGAAACAGACACCCAAAGGCAAAAACAACAAGAACAACCGAAGGAAUGAGACAUUCACAGCUGCAUCACCAGAGUUGAACAAGGCCAAUAACAACAACAACUCACAGAUGACAACUCCAGUCAGAUCAAUCAGUCAACAACAUUCCACUCCAAUCACACCAUUCAAUCACAACAAUUCCGCAGUACCAAACACUGUUGUACAUACAUCAAGAUCUCCACUUUCAUCACCUCCAACAUCGCCAUUCAUUUCCAAUGACAACUUGAUGGAGCAUUUCAAUGGUGGAACAUUCAGAUUGUCAGAGCAUGCUACAAAGGCAGGCGUUCGCUUCAGUGCCGACACUGACAGUAUUCCAUCACCAUCAUCGUCAUCUGCGUCAGGUGACGGUGAGUUCAAUUUGGAUCGUUCAAACAUGCGUCGCACAAAGAGUAUCUCAAGCAUCAACAAGUCCAAGCCACGUGGCUCCAACGUCAACCUUCCAGCAACGCCACAGACACCCAAGAACAAGUCCUACACAAUGAUGUUCAAGCUUGACCCAAAGACCAAGUUGGAGCAGGCAGAGAAGCUGCUGCAGGAGAAGGAAGAGGAUACCAGAGUGGCUGCAGAGAUUGGAAAGACACUACUUGAGAGAAACAAUGAGCUGGAGGAUGAGAUCAAGACACUCAAGUAUCGCAAUCACGACCAGGCCGAUCAGAUAACGCGACUGAAGGUGGUCCUGAAUGACAAUGACCGUCUGCGCACUGACAUCAUGCUCCUGACAUCCAAGGUGGAUUCUGCAAUGAAGGAGAACCAGUUGCUGAGCUCCAGGGAAGCCUCCCUGCAAGAUCAGUUGGAUCAGCAACAGCUAUGGCUACGCACAGAGUACUCUCCUUUGAAGGCCAAGACCAUCAAUCAACAACUCCACGAGAUCCAGUUACUCAAGAUGAACGUGGAGCACUUACAGUCAUCUGAGGACAAGCUCAAGAAGAAUAGGGAUCGAUUGGCGCAUCAAAACGAAUCGCUGAGCAACUCUGUUGCUGACCUGCAGAACGCCCUGGAGGAUAAGGUGGACCAAGAAAGCUAUGAUGCCAUGAAGCUCAAGGUCAAGGUACUGCGCGACAAGAACAAAGAUCUCAAGCAACGUUUGAAGGAGAUGGGCAACACAAGCAUGACAUUGGCCAGUGAGCCAGAGGCCAUCAUCAAAUCUGCCUUCCAGGAGCUGAUCAAGAAUGAAGAGUUACUGGCUACCAUUCCCCAGGUGGCCAACCUCCGUAUUCUCUCUGAUGCCAAGAUACUCUUGCGUAGAGUGGAGUCUGAGAUAUCUACUCAAGGUGAUUGUUCAUUGAUUGCUGCCCUAUUCAAGUAUCUGGACAAUGAACAACAACAACAACAACAACAGCAGAUUGAACCCAUCAACAACCAUUCAUCCUUCCUCAAUGAAUCCUUUGAAUCAACCACAGAGGUAUCAGAUCCAAAGUCUGCUCUAUACAUGUUGAUAUGCAUCGUAUCGAUAUACAAGUACACCAACUAUGACAAGAAGAAGUUGGAGAGUGAGAGCAAUCUGAUUGAUGAGCUGGACAGUCAAGUGGAGACACUCAAGAGAGUAAUCGCCAAUCUGGAGUACGACUUGGGUGAGGCAAAGAGCUUGAACCUGAAGCUCGAGGAGGACAUUGGCCAGCUCAAGACACCCCAGCCUCAUGUCCUAUCCUUUGCCGAUGAACUAAAGUCUGCCUUCCACUCUGACAACCAUGACAAGAGUUUGGAGGAGUUGCGCAAGGAGCACGACCAACAGAUCACACAGCUCAAUCAACAACAUCUAUCCGAUUCACUCGAGUUGGAAUCACUCCGACAUCAGUAUGAGAAGGUGACACAACUCUUGGAGCAGCAGCAACGAGAGAACAAAUGUCUACUCGAGUCUGCUGCAGAGAGCACUCGCAACCAAUUGGAUCAGCUUGAUGCCAAGCUUAGAGACAACACAGACAUCUGGAGAACCCGUUUGGAUUCAGAGUUACUGCAAAAGGACACUGAGCUACAACGUCUAUACACCGAGCUUGAGCAGACCAGGAAGGACGCAGUUGAGAAGGAAACUCUUGUCCAGCAAUUAACCAAACAGCUGGACGACCAGGAUCAAUCCAUCAUCCAACGACAGUGCAGUGAGAAGGUGGCCAUGGACAACAUUCUCGACCAACUCAGAAACACACAACAAACAAUGGAGGGUCAGGCAUCUCAGAUUGGUCAAUUGGAGGACAAGUGCACGCUACUUACCAAAUCAAAUGAGGAGCAGAACCAUUCGAUAGUGAUGCAUCUCUCGACUAUCCAGAUGUUGAAGCAGGAUGUAGUGACACUGAGAGAUUGUAGUGGUCAGUUGCAAGAUCGUAUGGACACAUUCAACAAUGCCGUGGAGACAAACCUUUGCCAUCUGCUUACCAGGUUCAAAUCGACUGAGGACAACCUCGAUCAGCUACCUGCCAAGGUUGAUGCGCUACUACAACGCAUCAAACAACUUGAGAAUGACCAUAGGGUACUCCAAGACACCAACGUCAGUUUGAUCCGUGCUGCAGAGUCUAUGGUUGUGGAGCACAACGACCAACAGCACAAAUCAGUUGCAUUACUUCAAGAGAAGCUUGAUCAAUCAGUCAAACAGAGCAUUGAGAUGAAGGCAGAGUUGGAUGUACUGAUGGCAAGCGUACAGACAGAGAGAGAUGGCAAUGCUGCAUUGGUGACAGAGAACAACACACUCAAGCAGAACAUUGGAGAGAUGAGACGACAGUUGGACCAGAGAAACAAGGAACACCGUCUAUCAGUCAAGGAGCUAUCACAGCAACUCACUGAAAUGAUGGAGUUUGUUAGAAAGCAAAAGGAAGAGGAGGACAACACACAGAGCAUGGUGGAGGUGCCCAGCGACAGUUUGACAAAGGACUACCACUUUGAGGAGGAGCUACCAUUGAUCCAGUUCAUCAAUCAACGACUGAAGCCAUGUGAGGAGAUCAAGCAUGUCUUCCCAAUCGAUCCCAGUAAGCACAUCCUUCACUCUUUCUACGACGGUGUGCUCAUGUGCAAACUGGUCAACUUUGCUCGUGAAGGUACGAUCGACGAGCGUGUCAUCAACAUGAAGCCCAAGAGAAGCAUCGAAGUGGACCAGAACUUCAAUCUGGUGGCCAACUCUGCCAGAGCCAUUGGAUGCAUCAUCCAGAACAUAUCACCACAGACCAUUAGACAAGAUCCAAAGGUGACCAUCAUGAUGAUCAAUCAAUUGGUACGAGUUCAUCUAGAGUCCACAAUCACUGUGGCCAACUAUCCCAAUCUCUGUCUUCUCAAGUCAUCCGACGAGGACAUCAAACAUUUUGUCGCUCAGAGUGCUUCACAACUUCUUCAACGAUGGAUCCAUUAUCAAUUGGAGAUUAGCAACAACAACCACAACAACAAAGACAAGACCAAGACCUCUACAUUCGAGGAGUUGAUACUUGAUCCAAGCAAUUGUAUCAAGUUACUCAAGAAGCUCCUUCCUGAGCACUCAACCGAUGUGUGUCCAGACCAAGCGGACAAUGUAUACAAAUGGUUCAUCCAAGAGACAUCGACCAAGAUGAACAUAUUCCCAUGGCUAUCUGUUGAUUCAAUGAAGAACAGGAACCUCAAGCUAGCACAUCUAUUCGUGGCUAGCUUCUUCCUGGCAAUCAAGGAUAUUGGCAUCAGACUGGAGGCAAAGGACAAACAGGUCACUCUAUCCUUUGUUAAGGAACUCUCUGACCUUGCCGACGUCGAGGGAACCAGGGAGGAAAGAGCCUUUUGCAUGUGGAUCAACUCCCUUAACCUAACUAGAUAUGUAAACAAUCUUCAACAAGACUUGCAAGAUGGUUUGAUCAUUCUACAGAUGUUUGACAAGAUCAAGACAGGUGUAGUGAACUGGAAGAUUGUCAACCAAAACCCAACCAACAGCUACAAGAUGAAUGAGAAUUGCGAUAUGGGCAUUGACAUUGCCAAGAAGCUCAAGUUCUCACUGAUUGGCAUUGGGGGUAGCGAUAUUAACGCUGGAAAUCGUAAGCUCACACUUGCAUUGAUCUGGCAGGCAUGUAAAUAUCAUCUAUUGUCCAUUCUUCAGAGUCUACGGGCGAGUGGAUCGAACCGCGACGUCACAGAGUCAGACAUCAUUAGAUGGGCCAACCAAAAGGUCACCACCAUUGGCAAGUGCAGUGGCAUCACGUCGUUCAAGGACAGUAACAUUGGCACUGGACUGUUUUUGGUUGACCUACUCGAGUCAAUGUCACCAGGCUGCAUCAACUAUUCAGUGGUCACCAAGGGUGACAAUGCCAAUGAUCGCAAACUCAAUGCUCAGUACAUCAUCAACAUUGCACGUAAACUGGAUUGCUGUAUCUUCCUUGUUUGGGAAGACAUUGUUGAGGUGAAUCAGAAGAUGAUUCUCACACUUGUUGCUCAGCUCUACAUCAAGAGUGAGAUUUCAAAUUUAAUUAAAUAA